GGGGAAUUUGCAAGAUCAGCUCUUACAACUACAACCGCUUCUACCAAGGAGUUACAAUGCAACAGCAGAAUAUUGGCAAGCGCAAAGAGCUUAAGGAAUCACCUCGAGAAAUGGUCAAGUUACAUUAGGGGCUUAAACCCGAGACCUCCUAGCGAGAAGGGAGGACAUAUGCUGUUUGAGUUACGACUCAUUGGCAUAAAUUAAUCACUGUUCAACAAAAUUUAAGCAAGAAAAUGGGCCCAAUCGCUGAAGCUGGCCUUGGGUCUAGCAAAUCCAAACGACCCAUGAUAGGAACUUUUGUAUUAGUAUAUGACCAAAAACCAGUAAGGUGCUGUGGCUUGUGUAUUAUUUGUAUUUCACAUGACAUGAGGUAUUGCACGUUCUAAUGCUGUUUAUGCCAAGCACAAGAGGUAGAUUGAUGCGUUACCUUUCUUUUGGCCCCGGAAAUUGAUGCAUAUUAUAUAAUAUUUACUACUGACCACAACACUGCAAGGCAUCUAUUUAAAAACUGAGAUAUAACAAUCAAACUGUAGUGAGGAGUGAGCAGCUCUAAUUUGUGUGUGUCAAUUUUUAAACGGACAUAGUCUCUUUAUUUUCUGUCAUUACAUUAUAUGCUGAGUCGUUUUACCUUGGUUUUUUUUUUUUUUCCUUUUUAAGCACAAAAGUAGGUAAAGACAGAAAAUCACGGGAAUGAAACUGUUUAUUUGUCAUGAUCCUCUAUGUUGGCUAGCCAUGGCUGCAGAACCUUUUUAUAAGGGGGCUUGUGAGUUAUGUGUUUGUCUAUUCUGUCAUAUCACAUAUGCCUCCAAAAUCUAUACAAUAUAGUAUUUCUUGAUUUGUCAUAAUUGGACACAAUACAUGCACAAUUCUCGGUCAAAAAAGAAGCAUUUAGACCCUAUGUUUGCUUCUUUUUCAUUACAAUCUGUGCCUUCACUACUUCAAAUUAGUAUUUCAUCCAGAGAGUCAGUAACUGCAUCAUGGAGAUGAAUUUGAACUCUUGUUCCUAUGAAAAUCCUGCACAAGCUGAGGAUAGGGUAGAAGAAAUCAUGCACUUUGACGAGUCUCUCAAGGAGCUAAGGGCGCUGCGGUCUCAGCUUCACGACGCUGCAGAGUAUUGUGAAGCAACAUUCCUGAACAGCAAAGAGAGAAGCAUUGUGGUGGAAAAUACAAAGGACUACAUACGCAAGACAAUGGUCACUGUUGUUGAUCAUCUUGGAAAUGUCUCAGCUAAACUUGAUGGCCUUAUUUCUCAGACAAAUGCGUUUUCUGAAGCUGAGUCACGAGUCCAAUGCCUCAAACAAAGACUCCUCUCAUGCGAACAAUAUGCUCAUACAACUGGUCUUUCAAAAAUGCAAUUUUGCGACAACGUGAAAAGGUAUCAUAAACGUUAUCUAUCAUCACCACCUUCCCUUGAGAGAUCAAACAAAGACAAAUUAAGAGAUUCUGAAAAUCAAAAUCCACCAAAGACUGAAGAAAAACAUGUACCAGAGGCUCUUGUGGAUUUGCCACUUUUUAUGUAUACUUGCAAACCAUGCCCAGCUUCUAAGUUGAAGCAAACAACCGCUUCAAACAAGGGACAUCACAACCUGGCCACCGUGGUACCUGUUCAGGAUGGUUUAGAAGUCUUAACAAAAGUUCCAAAUUCCUCAUUUCAUUUCCAUAGUACCCAGAAGGUUGGACGCCACAGAAGAUCCUCGCAUGGUAGUGACCUCUUAUGGCGCAUGCGACGUUCUAGACGAAUCCAGUGAAAGACUUGACACCAUAUUCACCUGUUAGUUCCUUAAGGGAAAAUGUUAUUCUUUUCCUUUUUUUGGUCCUUGUAUCACAUUCCCUGCUCUUCUUCACGUAUGACAAUGCAGUGUUAAUUAAAGUGUCUUAUGUAGUAAGCAAAUAUUUGUAUAAUUGCGGUGUGAUUCUGGAAUAGUGCGAAAUUUUAACUACAAAAUAGGGUAAAUAUCUUCACAACAAAAAAUUAUUGUGGCAGGUUCCACAAUUUAUGUUUUGCUCCAACAAUUUUCUGUUUAUUCUGUUACAAUACAUGAUGAUGAUAUCACAUGUAAUUGUUGCAAUUCCAAACUCACAGCAUGUGAGUUGUAACC